UGCGUCAUAUUUGGAGAACUUGAGCGCUGUCUAAGAUUGGAGACAGUACCCGCCUAUUAACAUAAAAACUCGAACUUUUUUGUUAUUGUGAAGAAGUUUACGCAUCCAUUCAGACGACAGAACUAAACAGGAGAAGAGCUGACGUGCUGCCCGAGCGUAAGUAAAUUAUGAAGUUAUGAAGGAGAGAGAGAGAUGAAGAUGACAGCCACUUCACGGUGAAUCCUCACUUUGCAGAAGGAGGAGAGAGAGAGAGGCUGAAGGUACCCCUGUAGACCCCCCAGCGCCGAGUACAAGAAGAAGAGGCUCGCUUUUUGUCAAGUUGUUGUGAGGCGGGGGAAGGCUGGGGAGUAAAGAGAAAAAGACACGGAUAAAGUCUGAGAGUGAAGCGGCUAAUUGCUAAGUCCGUCCCUCAUUACCAUAUCCAAUGCGCGUCCGCUGGACUGCAGCCAACCCUCCCCACCUUCACACAGUGCCAUUAAUCGCCAGGCAUUAUUCACUAUCAUAAUUAUUAUAGCGACAUGCGCAAUCCGACGAACAUCAGCGAGCGAAGACCAACAACUAAUUUCGACUUAUGAUUCCUCCCCGUCCUGCAGCGCGCACACUCCUCUCAACUUCAGCGUGUGUUUGAUUCACUCGCCUCUUCGCUGAUGUAUCUGCUCAACGCAGGCACAUCCCGGAGCGCCAAAACACCGAGAGCACAAACGUCGCCAGCAGCAUCAUUAGCAGCAUGUCCCGACGCAAGCAAGCCAAGCCUCAGCACCUCAAGUCGGACGAAGACCCAGCGCUGGCAGGAGUGAUCUCCGAACACGGUCGGGGUGAGGUGCUGGAGGACGCAGACAGUGGGAACGAGAGUCGCAGUGGCAGCGAGGAGACGCACGUGUGUGAGAAGUGCUGUGCUGAGUUCUUCAAAUGGGCCGACUUCUGUGAACAUUUAAACAGCUGUACCAAGAAUCCACUGGUGCUCAUAGUCAAUGAGAAUGAGGACACUCCUAACCCCUCCCAGGAGUACCCCGGAGAGUCCUCCCCUGUCCCCAGUUGUCCCAGUGAACAGGAGGACAGCGAGGACCCUAGGGAGGGGAGCCACAGCCCUGUCGGCGAGGGGGAGGACAUGCCUGACACAGUAGCCUUAGAUGGGGUCAGUGUCCUGGAAAAGGAGGAUGAACAGAUGGAGCUGGACUUGUCUCCUGAAAAGGGCCUGGAUCCAGAGGAGAGAGACAUGACUUCACCUGAGCCUGACCCCUCUCUACCUCCGCUCAGUGAUCUUCCCUCCAGCCUCAGUGCGUACGCCAUGCCCAGCACAAACGUGACCCUGGAGACGCUGCAGGGCACUCGCGUGGCUGUGGCACAGUUCUCUCAGAGUGUCAGAGCCUCGGGCUCUGGAGUCUCCACUAUGGCCAUUCCUCUGAUCCUGGAGCAGCUCAUGGCCCUGCAGCAGCAGCAGAUUCACCAGCUGCAGCUGAUCGAACAGAUCCGCAGUCAGGUGGCUCUGAUGAACAGACAGUCUGCUUCACAGCCUCAGCUCAGCCACCACAGCACAUCUGUGAGUCAGGCCUCUGUCUCCUCCUGCAUCCCCCCUGUCCCCAGUCAGCUGCAGCUACACAGCUUCAUCACUCCCCCUGUCCAUCAGCUGCCUGUUAGGUUGCCAGCCACACUUAAUGGCCAAGGGCCUUCACCUCUGACCUCUGCAAUGGAAGGGCCUCUUUCCCAAACACCACAAAGUGGUGGUCAGCAGUCUAACAACUCCUCCAUCCCCAACACUUCCUCUAACAGUACAGUGUUUCCUUCUCCGGCCGCUGCAGGCCUGUCGUCUCUCCUACCCUCCUGCUCGUCCACAGGCACAAACAUUAGCAGCAGCAGUAGUGUAACAGUGGGCGCAGGCCUCAGUAACAGUGUGGCACUACCCAGAAACUCCAGCACUCCUCCAGCACUCAGCCACAGCAGCCUGCUGAGCUCUGCCUCUAACAUGCCACUGAUACCUCACAGUUCUUCCAGCAGUGUUAUCUUCCCUAACCCUCUUGCGAGUAUUGCAGCCACAGCCAAUGCUCUGGACCCUCUCUCAGCGCUGAUGAAGCACCGUAAAGGGAAGCCCCCAAAUGUGUCUGUAUUUGACACCAAGCCCAGCUCUGACGACCCCUUCUUCAAGCAUAAGUGUCGCUUCUGUGCCAAGGUGUUUGGCAGUGACAGUGCCCUACAGAUUCACCUGCGCUCCCACACUGGAGAAAGGCCCUAUAAAUGCAACAUAUGUGGAAACCGCUUCUCCACCAAGGGCAAUCUCAAAGUACAUUUCCAGAGACACAAAGAAAAAUACCCACAUAUUCAAAUGAACCCCUACCCUGUGCCAGAGUAUCUGGACAAUGUGCCCACUAGUUCAGGCAUACCAUAUGGUAUGUCUUUGCCCCCGGAAAAGCCUGUCACCACAUGGUUAGACAGUAAGCCUGUCCUCCCCACUGUGUCCACAUCUGUAGGGCUGCAGCUGCCUCCCACUCUGCCCAGUAUGAUGGGUGGCUUUGGCGACUCUCCAAGUCUUACUCCACUCAACAGGUCUCCACAGAGGCCCUCUCCUCCCUCUAGUGAGUGCGCAUCUCUUUCCCCUAACAUUAUUAAUGACUCUGGUUUGACCACUACUUCACCGUCCCCAAAGCUCAACAUUGGGAGUGAUAACCCUCACUUAAGAGCUGAAGGCGUUCUACUGCCCCCGAGCUGUCCCACUCGUCCAGGGGACAAUACCACCACCACAACUACAGUCACUCAAGUGGUUUUGUCCACCACUGUAACAUCUACCACAUGCUCCAGUGGGGGCCAGGUAACGGAGCCCAUUGGCAGCCCUAACUCUGCCUCGAACGCAGUCUCCCACCCUGUUCUCCCUAUGCUGUCUGACCAGUUCAAGGCCAAGUUUCCUUUUGGAGGCCUCCUAGACUCUAUGCAAACCUCAGAAACAUCAAAAUUGCAGCAGUUGGUCGAGAAUAUUGACAAGAAGAUGACUGACCCAAACCAGUGUGUCAUCUGUCAUCGUGUACUGAGCUGUCAGAGCGCUCUGAAGAUGCACUACAGAAUCCACACUGGAGAAAGGCCCUUCAAGUGUAAGAUCUGUGGAAGGGCAUUUACCACCAAGGGCAAUCUGAAAACUCACUUUGGCGUGCACAGAUCUAAACCACCUUUGCGGGUCCAGCACUCAUGUCCCAUAUGUCAGAAGAAGUUCACCAACGCUGUGGUGCUACAGCAGCACAUCCGUAUGCACAUGGGAGGGCAGAUCCCUAACACCCCUGUCCCAGAAAGCAUUCAAGAAAUGGACACUGACAUUGGCUUUGACGAAAAGAGCUUAGAUGCAAUGAGCACUUAUGAUGAUGACCUUCUCGACGAAAUGGAGGCAGCAAUUGAUGAUGAGCCUGACUUAAAAGAUGUAGAUGUAGUGGAUGGACCAAAAGUUUAUUCCCCUGGCAAUUCCCCUCCACCUUCUAUAAACUCCAGUAUAGCUGCCAUGGAGAACCAGAUGAAGAUGAUUGACUCCACUGCCAACAUGACCCGCACAAUUGGUCAGAAGCCAAUCCUGAACGGCAGCAGCUUUGGCGGAGAGAACGAUUGCUUUGCCACUGAUUCUCUGUCUGCAGUGGGAGACACAGAAGGUCAGAGCCUGGGGAGCCCCGCUUUGUCCGACUCCUCCGGCUCCAUGCAGCACUUGUCCCCCUCACACAGCCACUCGGAGAGCCAGCGGUCUAAGUCGCCAAUUAUACUCAACAAUAACAAUAGCAAUGUCAUGACGACAGAGGAGGGUCCAGAGAACAAUACAGGCAGCUUGGCAACAGUGAAGUCGGAAAAAUCAGAGACGCCAUCUCCGCUCGCUGCCACAGAAGGCACUGGGGCUCUUGACCUGACUGCCACUCAACCUGGCAGGCACUUUAUCAAGGAGGAGAGCCACUUCAACAUGCUGUUCCUGAAUAGAGAUAGAGGUUUGAACACUCCCAGUUUGGCCAGCACUGCAUCCAACAUGAUCAAAAUGGAGAUGAAUGGUCACGGGAAGUCUCUGAGUGAGAGCUCGCACCUGCCUGUGGGGAUACAGGGCCAUGCAGCACCGCCCCAGAGCACUACCAUGAGCUCCACCAUGAGCUCCAGCCUGAACCCCAUGCUCGCUCCCCCACCCCCCAGACGCACCCCUAAGCAGCACAACUGCCACUCGUGUGGGAAGAACUUCUCCUCAGCCAGUGCCCUGCAGAUCCACGAGCGCACACACACCGGAGAAAAGCCCUUCGCCUGCUCCAUCUGUGGACGGGCCUUCACCACAAAAGGCAACCUCAAGGUCCAUAUGGGCACGCACAUGUGGAACAACGCACCUGCCCGCAGAGGUCGACGGCUGUCUGUGGAGAACCCCAUGGCUCUGUUAGGCGGUGAUGCCAUGAAGUUCAGUGAGAUCUUCCAGAAGGACUUAGCCGCUCGGGCCAUGAACGUGGACCCAGGCUUCUGGAACCAGUACGCAGCCGCCAUCACCAACGGACUGGCCAUGAAGAACAAUGAGAUCUCUGUCAUCCAGAACGGUGGCAUCACCCAGCUGCCUGUGAGCCUGGGGGGCACAGGGAUCACCUCUUUGGGUCCCAUGCCGGGAGGGAUAGAGCGGGUGCACGCUGGCAGCAGCCCACCCAUGACUGCUAUGGACAAGACCGCACUGGAGGUCGGGGCAAGUCGACCCUUUUCCAGGUUUAUGGAGGAGAACAAAGAAAUUGGGAUCAAUUAAAUACGUUUAUUCCAAGCUAGGUGUUUGGCAAGACUAAAGAUCGCAUAAGAUGGACAGUCAUACUAUACUAUGUAUGUACAGGAGAAAUACUGUAUUUUUCGUUUGGUUUUGGAAAUAUAGAAUUUAGUAAUGAUUAGCAGUCUUUGCCUUUCGCCCAUUCCUUCAAGUGAUAUAUAUGAAGAAUAUUUUGUCUCGUUCGAGAAUACGCCGUCUUGCAAGAUUUGCAUGGUACUGUUUUUUCUCAGUAUGUUUGACUGCUUUGAAAUUUUUUUCCAAACCGGGACCCUGCCUCACUGAUAAUGGACAAGCAUCGUAUCUGAAUGGGACACAUAAAGAAAAGAGGAACACUUAGGCCUCUUUCUAUGGUUUAUGAAGCUCAUUAAAAGAGCUGUGGACGGACUGAAGAAAUGACUGAUGUUUUAGUGUUUCUGUGCUCGCUUGAUUUUUUCAUAAACUAGAAAACUUGAAAAAUAAUGUUUGAACAAUUUUACAUUUAGUCUCCCAGCAUUGUCUUAUGAUAUUGUCCUGUGUCUUUAGUAUUUAUGAUAUUGACAAAAAAGCGGGUAUACAAAAAUAUAUUUAAUGGCCCAGGCAUUUUAUUGAUCCAUUUUUUCUAGACUGCAGGCUUCACUGAGGAAUAUAUCUUUCACUAAAGACGGUAUGUUCACUGAGUUGAACAAAAAAAGGAAAAUGAAUCGUUUUUGGGAUAUCUGUGGAUAUGCUGGGCCGUCGUUACACAUGGAAGAUGUUAAAGAUAUCUGAAGCUGCUAUAUGACCACAACCCUGCUUUUAACCUUUGUAAAAAGAAAAUAAGUAAUGAUCAUUUUGGAGAAAUAUCUAUGUAUAGAAAUACAGACAAAUCUAAAACAGGUAUGCAUAUUUUGUAUCACAUAAAGAUAGACAUCCUGAGUUGAAAGUAUUUGUCAUGUUUGUGAAUGCACUUUUUAAAACAAAGACGUUUUGUCUGUGAGUUACCGUUAACAUUUUGACUGAGCUAUAGCGUGCUGUUCCCAUUGUUCCAAGCAUACCACUCUGCCAGUCUGCAUAUGUGAGUUCAACUCAUCACUCAAUCAAACGUUCGUAAAUAAAA